AUGAAGGCGUGGAUCUUCUUUCUGCUUUGCCUGGCCGGCAGGGCCUUGGCAGCCCCUCAGCAGCAGGAAGCCCUGCCUGAUGAGACAGAGGUGGUGGAGGAAACAGUGGCUGAGGUGUCCGAGGUCCCCGUGGGAAUCAACCCCGUCCAGGUGGAAGUAGGAGAAUUUGAGGAAGGUGCUGAGGAAGCUGAGGAGGAGGUGGUGGCUGAAAACCCCUGCCAGAAUCACCACUGCAAGCACGGCAAGGUGUGUGAGCUGGACGAGAGCAACACCCCCAUGUGCGUGUGCCAGGACCCCACCAGCUGCCCCGCCCCCAUUGGCGAGUUUGAAAAGGUGUGCAGCAACGACAACAAGACCUUCGACUCUUCCUGCCACUUCUUUGCCACCAAGUGCACCCUGGAGGGCACCAAGAAGGGCCACAAACUCCACCUGGACUACAUUGGACCCUGCAAAUACAUCGCCCCCUGCCUGGACUCUGAGCUGACCGAAUUCCCCCUGCGCAUGCGGGACUGGCUCAAGAAUGUCCUGGUCACACUGUACGAGAGGGACGAGGACAACAACCUCCUGACCGAGAAGCAGAAGCUGCGGGUGAAGAAGAUCCACGAGAAUGAGAAGCGCCUGGAGGCUGGAGACCACCCCGUGGAGCUGCUGGCCCGGGACUUCGAGAAGAACUACAACAUGUACAUCUUCCCUGUGCACUGGCAGUUUGGCCAGCUGGACCAGCACCCCAUUGACGGGUACCUGUCCCACACCGAGCUGGCCCCGCUGCGUGCACCCCUCAUCCCCAUGGAGCACUGCACCACCCGCUUUUUCGAGACCUGUGACCUGGACAACGACAAGUACAUCGCUCUGGACGAGUGGGCCCGCUGCUUCGGCAUCAAGGAGAAGGAUAUCGACAAGGAUCUGGUGAUCUAA